AUGUUAAUACAAACUAUCUUUCAUACAACCUAUUUUAAUACUAUCUAUCUCCCAUACAACCUGACUUCCAUACAAUCUAUCUUCCAUACAAUCUAUCUUAAUAUUAUCUAUCUUCCAUACAAUCUGUCUUCCAUACAAUCUAUUUUCCAUAAAACCUGUCUCCCAUACAAUCUAUCUUCCAUACAAUCUAUGCUAAUACAAUCUAUCUUUCAUACAACCUAUUUUAACACUAUCCAUCUCCCAUACAACCUGACUUCCAUACAAUCUAUCCUCCAUAAAAUCUAUCUUAAUACUAUCUAUCUUCCAUACAAUCUGUUUCAAUACAAUCUAUCUUCCAUAAAACCUAUCUUACAUACAAUCUAUAUUACUUACAGUCUGUCUUCUAUACACACGAUCUUACAUACACGCUAUCUUCCAUACAAUCUGACUUCCAUACAAUCUAUGUUAAUACUAUCUAUCUUCCAUACAAUCUGCCUUCCAUACAAUCUAUCUUCCAUACAAUCUGUCUUCCAUACAAUCUGUCUUCCAUACACCUGUUUCCAUACAAUCUAUCUUCCAUACAAUCUAUACAGAGCAGUAACCGAAACAAAUAAACUACUCCAUAAACCUUGUCCUCUCAUUUAUCCGUCACCUUGCUAUAAUUUCGGAACAUUAAUUUGCUUAUCUAUCUAUCUAUCUAUCUAUCUAUCUAUCUAUCUAUCUAUCUAUCUAUCUAUCACUCCAAUAUUCCUUUCUAUAUAUCACUGUAAUAUUACUUACUAUCUAUCUAUCUAUCUAUCUAUCUAUCUAUCUAUCUAUCUAUAA